AUGUCUGAAGCCAAGACCCUGAGCUCCUCUUGCCUCGUGCUUUCCUUGCUCUCCUUGCACUGGGCUUUGCUCCAGCUGGGCCAGGCUUUUCCCAGCACCUGGCUGCUGGAGGAAGGGGAGGGCUGCGCUGAGUGCCAGCCAGAGGAGUGCCCGGCACCACGCGGGUGCCUGGCUGGCACGGUGCGGGAUGCCUGCGACUGCUGCUGGGAGUGCGCCAACCUGGAGGGACAGAUCUGCGACCUGGACAACACCAACCACUUCUAUGGCAAGUGUGGAGAGCACCUGGAGUGCCAGCUGGAUGCCGGGGACCUGCGGCAUGGAGAGGUGCCCGAGCCCCAGUGUGCCUGCCUCUCCCACACAGCCCUCUGCGGCUCCAAUGGCAAAACCUAUGCCCAGAUCUGCAGGUUCCUGGAGGUCGCCCGAGCCCACCCUGAUGCCAACCUCACCGUGGCCCAUGAGGGUCCCUGCGAGUCAGAACCUCAGAUCACUUCUCCUCCCUAUGACACGUGGAACAUCACUGGACAGGAUGUCAUCUUCGGCUGUGAGGUCUUUGCCUACCCCAUGGCAUCCAUUGAGUGGAGGAAGGAUGGCACAGAGAUGCUGCUGCCUGGAGAUGACCCCCACAUCUCUGUCCAGUUCAGAGGCGGCCCCCAGAAAUACGAAGUGACAGGCUGGCUCCAGAUCCAGGGUGUGCGGGAGACAGAUGAAGGCACCUACCGCUGCUUCGCCAGGAACAGGAUUGGGGAGGCGAUGGCAUUAGCCAGCCUGACUGUCCUCACACCGGACCAGCUCAACCUGACAGGCUUUUCCCUGCCGAAGUCCCACACAACACCUGAGGACUAUGGAGAGAGCGAGGAGGACUACUACUAG